CCUGUGGACGCAUCGCACUACUACCCUGCACUGAGAGACGACGUGACGUGUAAGCCGGAAGGCAAACACCCACGCAGAGGACGGAUUGGCUCGACAUAGGACAGAGUGCAAGAGGAGGAGAGAAUAGAAAGAAAGCAAGAGGCGAAACUCGCGGGGCGUGGCGACGGACGAAAUGGUGGCCGCUCGCGAUGAGGCGGCGGCCGCGCAACCAGCGCACGACACGGACUCGUUGCACGUCCAUCCAGGGAGCCCGCAAAGCCCGCCGCCUAUGAGCGCCGGGACAUCGCCAGUACCCCUACAGCCACCGAAUUCGCCUCCUUCAAAUCCUAGCUCUGGCACAGGAGAGACAGACCUGAAGGCGGGUCAUGAUGUGCCCGUGAAUCCAACCAGCAGCGACAACAACAACGAGAAACAGCCGCCACCGCUGCGCUUCACCAUCGACCCGGAUGGCGACCUUACCUUUGACGAAACCACCGUCGACGUGGUCACCGUGCCAUGUCCCGGCGGCCACCCGCUGCGCAGCUGGACCCGAGACGGCCUGCUCGGACGCUACUUUGGCGCCCCGUCCAUGCGCGACACCACCACCGGGGCAAAAGCCGAGUCGGGGACCGGGUCGGGCUCCGGAACGGGCCAGUCGCAGGACGACCGCGGCCCGUCUUGGGUUCGGCAGGGUAUCCGGCGGGAGGCGAACCGCGCGCGCGUUCUCUUGUACGAGCACCCGCCCGUCGACGCCGAGGGCUCCACGCUCGGCACCUUGGCCGACGCGCUGCUGCGGGAGCUGGCGACCCUGAGAUCGCGCGAGGAUCUAGACAACGGAGACGGGCGCGGACAGGCGCAGCGACCCUUGGUCUUUGUGGGACAUAGUCUGGGCGGGCUGGUGGUCAAGAUGGCCCUGUGCAAGGCCACCAGGGACGCGCGGUACGAGGCUAUUGUGCGCGAGUGCUACGGCGUGGCUUUCUUCGGAACUCCCCACCAGGGAUCGAGCUAUUUUGCCAUGCCGAGUCUCGCCACCAGCAUCCAGGCUCUGCUGCAGCUCUCUGCGCCGCUGCCCGCGAGCAUCACGGAUGACCUGCGCGUCGGAAAUAGCCUGCUGCUGCACGUUGAUGAGGACUUCAAGUCCGUGUCCAGCGACGUCCAGGUCUGGACAUUCUAUGAGACCAUAGACUCGCGUCUGUCGGGAGGCAACAGCACCCUCAACAAGGACAAGGACGGCGACGUCUACUUCACCGCGCCCCUCACCUCUAUCAAGUCGGCCAUCCUCGGCAUGCGCCAGGAAAACAUCUUUCCCCUGCAGAGCGACCACGCCAACAUGGCCUCGUUUGGCCGCCACAACGUUCACACUCUGCGUCUCUUCCUGCGUCAGCUCGCCGCCUGCAUUAGCCGCGCCGAUGCCGUGUCCAAGGAUGUCGAUGCGGGGCGCUGGACCCUCAGUCUCGAGCAAAAGGUCAACGUCGAGGUCCACGGCUUUUUCGACGACCCGCCGCUGCCGCCGCAGCUCGGAGGUGACGCCGCCGUCAACGUGGUACGCGCGUGGUCGACCAGGCUGCCCCUGAAGGAGUUCCUCUCCAAGGGUCCCGAGGCGUGUCUGAGCGAGCGCCUCAACGAAGUGGACGGCGCCCCGGAAGAGAGCCGCUUUCUGCGUUCAAGGGGUCGCACGUCUCUUAUCGAGCGUCAGCAAGAGCAGGCCGAGAUGCCCUUUGUGGCCCCCGAGCCCCUGACCAUCAAGAACGCGCUCGGUAUUCAGGACCGCACGGCAGCGGCGCGACAGACAGUCACGCCGGGCUCGCCCAUCAUCCGUCCCAUCGACGUGCUGCCUCCUCCAUCGCGGCAGCCGGGCAGGACGGAAUCCCGGUCCAGUGCACCGGCGGCGGCCACCAGAGGCGCCGGCGGGGGAAGCAGUGUCGUCACCACGCCGCCCUCGAGGGCCAUGUCGCCUCCUACCAGGCACUCAACACCACUCAUGGGCCGCCCUUCGGCACUGAUACGCGCAGACUUUGAACAGGAUCUUGCCGUGGAUAGGCUGUCGCCGCCGAUGCGUCCCCGCGUGGGACGCUCCGUCAGCCGCAGCUUCAGCCUGGGGAGCGACCGCUCGCGCAUCGAGUACAAAGACUUUCCUCCGUUUUCGCAGCGGAGCCGCAGCACGGUCGAUGCGGUCGUGGGCGGCAGUAUUGACGGUGAAUAUGACGACGAAGAGGACGAUCUCGAGGCCUCGCCGCAGCUACCGGAAGCGGUGAUGGCGAUCCGCAAGGCGGUCCAAGGGGCACGAGGGCGCAUUAAGGAGACGGUGGUGGUGGACGAAGUGCCAGUGGCGUUUGUUCGGCCUGAUGUCAAGGCCCGGAGGUUUGUUUGGGUCCAUGUGCCGUUCAACAACCCUACCUGGGUCAAGGAUGUGUUGCAAACGCUCGAGGUGUCGUACAAGAGGGACUUCUCGUCGCUGUACAGCCACGACUUUUGGGCGACGCGGCAUACGCGCGGGCGACACGCGCAGCAUUAUGCCUACUUUGCGAAACCCGGGUGCUACUUUACGGCGCCGAGGACAUUGUCACCUCGUCAGUCCCUAGGCAGCCCGGCGCUUUCGCCCGCCAUGGUCCAGGACUCGCUCUACACAUGCCUUUUCCUGCCGUACCUGCAUUUUGACUCGUACAAGCGGCUCAUCCGUCGACGAGAGGUGAUUCUUAGGAGGCUGGGCCAUGGCCGGUCGCGUCCGGUCCCGGAGCUGGUUGCCAAGUCGGACUCGCUCGAGCUCCAGGUCGUGUGGGAGUAUCUCGGGCAUGACCCGCCGAUCAACUGCCGUCGCACACUGGACCAGUACGGAUAUCCGAGCCUGCGAGACACGCGGUCGCGGGACGACGACCAGAUGCUUUACAAGCUGACCAAGGAGCGGCCGUGCGGACCGGAGCAGCAGGACGGCAGGGGCGGCGUGUACGCGCAGUGGUCGACGGCGGGCAGCGGCGGCGCCUCGGAGAAAGAUGCGGGACAGUCGAGUGGCGCGUCAGGUUGGCGGGAGAGGCUGACGGGUAGAGCACAAGCCGACGACACGCCGGAGGAGGAUUCGCUGCUGAAUGGCAAUGUCCUGAUGGUGGACCAGCUAUGGCUCUGGGUCAUUCACUCCCGUACGUUCUUUGACCGCUCCCUGGGUGAUGUGUGCUUACGUCUCAAGAUACGGUCGUGUCCUUCUUCCCCAGGCGAGAGAGCGACCCGAUCGAGGGCCCCCUUUAUCAGCAGGCGGACCUGCGGGACAGCAUCUUCAAUGAGGUCAAUGUGGAUCUGACGAGGCAGUGCGAGAACGCGCUGGAUCUGGCGGCGCUGGCGGCGCUCCACGCGGUGAGCGUGUUGCUGGACCGGUCAUCACACCCCGACCUGGAAGUCUUUCGCAUCUUUGAGGAGGCCAUCAGCGUCUUGACGGAGCGGCUCACCCAGUCGCUCAAAGAGUUCCGGACGGUGGGCUUUCGCGACAAGGCGUUCGACUAUGAGCCCGUGGAGAACAAGGCGCGGUCGAUCCGGGCGCGGCACAAGGAAGAGGGCGAACGCGCGGAGCAGGAGAACCGGGACAACACGUCGGCGCUUCUGGAGCUGCGGGACAUCGAGGACGAGCUUUUGACGCUGGUGCAUCUGUUCGAACGGCAGAGCAAAGUUGUGGCGACGAUGCACGCCACGUACGCGCGACCGGAGCUGCGGGAGCACACGGCCAACGGGCGCGUGUUCCUGUCUGAGGCGCUCAAGCGGCUGCGCGAGUACGCGCAACAGGCCGAUGAGAUGAUCGCGCGGGUGCGGGCGACGCGAGACGACUACGACAAGUUGCUGCAGAUGGUGCAGCGACAGGCGCAGGUGGACGAGGUGCGCCUCAGCCGGCUGCAUGCGGACCUGGCGAGUGCGCAGAGCCGCAGCGUCAUGAUCUUUACGACAUUUACCGUCAUCUUCCUGCCCCUGACCUUCUUCACUGGGCUCUUUGGCAUGAACACGCAGGAGUGGGGCGGCGGGAACAACUUGAGCCUCAAGACGAUUGGGUCGAUUGCACUGCCGGCGAGUUUCGUGCUCGUGGUGGGGAGCCUGGUCGUGGCCUUUAGCACGAACGCGCGGACGGUUUUCCGCUGGAUAGGAAGGGCGUACGGCCGGGGGCAGCGAUGGGUGUACGUCGUCUUGUGCAUGCCCGUGCUGGCCCUCGUGCUCGACUGGGGUCACGAGGUGCGUGAGAAAGUGUUGGCGAGAAGCGGUCGCAACGGCGAUGACGGCGAUGGCGGCGACACGGGGAAAGACGGGCGCCGGGGUAGACGGAGCGGAGCCGGGGCCCGAAGGAGGGCGGCGCUGCAGAAGGAGGCGAGCGACUUUUGGGAGAGGCACAGGCUCGAGCGCGAGAGGGGCUACCAUAUUCCCCAAGUGAAUCGCC